GCCUUUGGAGGGAGUAGUCGAGGAAGAGGAGGAGGAGGAGGAGGAGGAAUCCUAAAAGUGGGGCGGUCUCACUCACUUCCCUCCUUUGCAGCCAACAGCGAGGAAGGGAAGAGUCCUGCCUGAGGAGGAGCAGCCUUUUCCCUCUUUUAUUGCCAAGAGGAAGAAGAAGAGGAGGAGGAGGAGGAGGAGGAAGAUGGCCUUCCUUCCCAGCCCAGCCCCGAGGAACCUCUGGGCCUUUGGGACCCUCCGUUGCCUUUUCCUGCUGCUGCUGCUGCCAGGAGGAGGUUUCUGUGAGAAUUGUGAAACAUACCAAGAUUCUGGUGGACAUUUAUAUUUGGGAACAACUUGUCCAGACUUUUGCUGUGGAAACUGCAUCAGCCGAUAUUGUUGCUCAGACUUGUCACAAAAAUUUGAUGAAUAUGACCAACUUAUGUGUAAUUUACAGCUGUCAGAAAGGACAUCUCCACCUGUCAUGGGAGUAGCAAUGAAAUUUAAAUCAGAAUUGGAUGACUGGCAUCCAAUGAUUUCUCAUGGACCCAGCUUUUACAGUCCAAUACUCUACAUGUCUAUUGAGGAGAAAGUUCCCCUGAAUUCAGAACAGGACAAACUGAGUCAUCUUACUGAGAUGCCUUAUAGACUAAAACUCUGUUACUGCAAGUACCAGUGGCAUUUUGGAUUUGUUGCAGGUCUGGAAAAUAGUUUCCAAAACACAGUUUGCAGUGAAUUUUACAGAGCCUCAAGGGGGGAAUAUCACAUGAAAGUGAAUUGUUUUGAGAGAGGGUUACCAUUUCUUUAUCUACUGAUUGCCUCCCUGGCACUCUUGUGUUUUUUUAUAGCUAUUGUGACCACAACUACAGCCACUACUGUGGUGCAAGUGCCAUACCCUCAGCAGCCUGGUAUGCCUGCAGGUUACCCAGCAGGUGUGUAUCAAGGAUAUAGUCCUGUGCCUGUGCAACCACAGCCUGGAAUGCCAGCAGCACCCUACCCAACUCAGUAUCCUCCACCUUAUCAUGCACAGCCUGCAGGACCACCACCAUAUCAUGAAACAAUGGCAGCUGGUGCUGGAGCUCCUGCAACUCAGCCUCCUUAUAACCCAGCAUAUAUGGAUCCUACAAAGCCCUACUGAAUAGACUUAUACUGUUUUGCAUCUAUGCAGAAAACUCUUGAGAUUGAAUCUGUCUUGCGGCAUAUUUUCUUAAACUACUACUCUGAUAAGUGGGGAAGGAAGGGGGUAACUCAGACACAGUGAUAACUAAAAAUGCCUUGUUUGGGGGGGGGGGGGCGGCAGGAGAUACUUGAUCUGGAUUUUGUUUUUCCACACUUCAUACAGCGGAGAUUGGUGAAAGCUAUGGGGAAAUGUAAAAAAUAAUAAUGGCUGAAGCAAAAAUAUCACAGUGGGAAUCAUGGAUGUGUCGUACAAUAUUUAGAGGUCUGUUAGAAUGGAGUGGCAGUGAUGAGAUGAGUAGCAACAUCUACUACCAUAAUUUUGCCAGAGAUUAUUGUUGACUAGAAAAUGAGAGGUCUGCUUAAGAAAACUAUGUAAAAAUUGGAUGUUCUGUUUCCAGGUAAAUGUUAUGAAGCAAGGUAUUUCAUUUUCACAAGUGAAGGAAACAGUCUUAUGUAGAAUUGUAUUGAACCUUUAGAAAGAAAUAGUGAGGUUGUUAUAUUACAUUUCAAUUUCUACCCAUUGUGCAACUGUCCCAUAGUUACUUCAUUGUAACCUUUCCAAGUUUUCAUUUCAACCAUGUGAAUUUCAUAUUUAUUUCCACAGUAUACCAAAAACAGAGUAGCUAUGCAGCCACUGCAUGAGAACUAUUGGAUUAAGGUUAUUAAUAAUCUUAAAAGGGAGAGCUGCAAUGGAAUGUUACAUUAUAUUUGGCAUUUUUAACGGAAGAGUGAGGCAUAAAUGAAGUAUUACUUUUAUAUAUUAUCCUCAUAUCCUAACAGGAAUAAUCCUAUUCAAGAGGCAGUUAGCAAGCCAUAUCCUUCUUAAGGAUAUGAUAGGGUAUAAGUAGUUUAAGGAGGCCAUUUCAUUCACAUCCUGGCCUCUGUUUUCAGAUUUCCUUUUCCAAAUGAUAUAAGCAUUCCAUGGAUACUGAGCAUGCUCACCUGUCAUUGGUCUGUGUUUUUGUGGCCUUGCUCUCCUGGGUUUUUAAAUGUUUUUGUACUUCUGUACACCUUGGGGUUCCCUUGAUGUGUCCCUUCCUUCUUAUUUCCUCCUUCCCUCAGGUCAUCUCACUUUGCUGUGAGAAGGAGUUUUACCUUGUAGUGACAAUGCUGUAACAAUGGCUGACCUUUUUCAUAUUUAAUAAGUAAUUUUUCUUUAACAAAAGUAUGAAAAGUUACAUUUCAAUAAUUUCCUGCCUAUUAGCUUGGACCUGGAGGAAGUAACCAUUAAAGAUAGUUGGAGCUCUGCCCUGGAAAAUUAGUAUUAUGUUUAAUACACCUGGUGUUUUCUAACUUAUAUACUAACGGGAAACACAUCAGGUGGACAAGAUGCCUCCUAAUUAAAUGUGUUAUUUCAAACAUUAUACAAGAGUAAAGCCUAUGGAAAAUAAUAUUAAACUUAAAAAUAUCCUCCAUGUGUCAAUCAACAAUCAGCUGAAGUGUUCAAAACUAAUUAGGAAACUUGGUUGAUUAUAAGAUAGCACUGCCCUCAUGGCAUUAAGUAAAUUCAUCACUUCUGACAGAGAAAAGAUAUUUUAUUCUUAUGUAGCAUUUUGUGUUCACAAUAAUGGAACAGAUUAUUGAGGUACUAUCCGCACUGAAGACUGUACAUGCCAACCAAAUUAUGGCUUUGAUUGGAAAGUGAAAAGCAAGCUGAAAUGAGACAUGCAUUUAAAAAUGUUGAUGUUUUAAGAUAUACUUACAAAGCAGGUUCUUCAUCUUAUUUUAAAUGGUGCCAGAAGUAUCCAGGUCACUGUGCAAUAUUCUAUCACCUAUGUUGCAUCUUACACUGAGUAGCCGAAAUGUUUAUUUUAAAUGGCUUGAUAGGACAGUCCUAUCCUGCCAGUUCAGCAGUUACUCAGAUUGAAUUACAUCAGGUUUACUUUCAGGUAAAUAUAUAUAAGAUUGCACCUUAAGUAGAUUAGAUGUUUGUUUUCAGCUACUGAUGUUGUGGUUAACUGCAUUUGCUCUCAUUCGUAUGUCAUAAUUGCAUCUUACUGAAACCUUACUGUCAUCUUGUAUCUUAAAAUGUAUUUUAGAACAUAUAAUUAUACAAAGAUGCCCUGUCUUUGUUCCCUUAUUUUCUUGUAUUAAUAUGCACACUUUCCUAUGUUGCAUUUAGCAUGCACAAAGUGAGGCAAGAAGAAAACGCAGGAUAAAGAAAUGCCAAAACAUCCUUUAAGAAACAGUUUGUGAAAUCAGUAACACAUGAGCCAGAAGGGAACAUGAAAUAAUAUCUGGCAUAAAUAUUUCUGUAAAAUUUACUAAUGUUAUUCUUCUGCAAGGAUUUAGGUCUAUAACAUUCCUUUUUCUACAAGUUGCAUGUAAAAUGACUUAAGCCUGCUAUCCAUACACCUCAUAAUAAGUCCCCCCAUCUUACUUCUGACCAAAGUUGCAUAGGGUUGUGCUGUAAUUUUUUUAAUGUAGGCACAACCACUCCUUUCUUCUAGAUAAGAAAGAAAGAAGACUAUCUGAACAUGUAGCCUACAUUAUAUUAAUGUAAAAUGAAAAGUUUCUGAAAAAUUGGUAAUUGCAAACAUUUCCUUCACAAUGCUGUGGCAGUUGUGGAGUAAACAUCCAUGAUGAACAAGACAUUUCAUGAAGAAAUAGGAAAGAAUAUUUGUGUAUCUCCUUGUGUUUAAACAAUACUUUCCUUUCUUAAUGUAUACUGUAAUUAGAACUGAGUUGUUGAGAAUGGGUCCUCCACCUACUCUGUGAAAUUCUUCCAAGAUAACUUAUUUCAUCUUUGCCAAGCCUGCACUAGCAUGACUGCAUAAAGUUACUUCAUCACAGAUCAUAGUUCAUAGUUUUGUCUGCUUUCAUCACUAUGCCCUUUCCGUUAAACAUUAGUGUGAAAUCUUUAAGGCAGAGGUAAGAAUCAUAUUCGUGCAACUCUUGGAGAUCCUGUUGGAUUGCAACUCCUAGCACUCCUCAUUAUUGGCUACGCUAGCUAGAGCAUCUGAGAGCUGCAGUUACUGUUGGGCCAUGUGAUUUUCAUCUAUACUUGAAGGCCUGCUUUCUUACUUUGGUUUUGCCCUUCAUUCCCAAUACUAGGUGAACAUUUCCUGGUUUUUUUAUGACUGGCACCUAGUAAGAGUCAAUACAAGAUGGCCCAUAUCAUUCACAAAAUCAUGUGAUUCCUGCAGAAACAGUGUUAAUUGUACAACCAAGAACAGAAUUUAACAGUAUUUGUUUCUGUGUAGAAUGUAUUUCUCUAAUGACAGUCCUGCUGUUACACGAGCCCCUUUAAAAUCAGUAGUGCUUGCAUGCAAGCAUAGGAAAGGAUGAUUGUGACCAGUGAGAGAUUCUGUGAAUGUGGUAUAUGUGACAGUUUAAUUAUUAGUUUUUUAACUGAAAAAAAGAAAAAUAGAAUUUCAGCUUUAAACUACAGAUUUUCAGUUUUUACUUUUAUAUUGUGACUUCUGAAAGUGCCUUUUCCAGGCUAUUACUGCAUUUGUGGAGACAAUGUACUGUGUAUCAAUGUGCUGGAUGUUUCAUUCUGACAUUCUUGUUCUGUUUUUUAAAUUGCUCUGUAUGUAGUUGCUAAUAGUAAACAAUUUACAUUCAAAAGGACUGGUGUGUUUGAAGCUCUUUGUAAUAAAACAUAUUAAAAUCCA